UGAAGCAACGACUGCUGCUCAUGUGAAACGAAAUGUUAUGCGGUGUCACGAAUCUGUACUUAAGCAGGAGGAUACGUUUCUCUUAAUUGUUUCUAUUUGGAAAAGAGCACAACAAAAGAACCUGGAUGGAUAUGUGGGCUUUGCCAACCUCCCCAACCAAGUCUACAGAAAGUCAGUGAAGAGAGGUUUUGAGUUCACGCUCAUGGUUGUGGGGGAGUCAGGGCUGGGGAAGUCGACGCUCAUCAACUCACUCUUCCUCACAGACCUGUACUCUGCAGAGUAUCCUGGACCUUCUCACAGGAUCAAGAAGACUGUACAGGUGGAGCACUCCAAGGUAUUGGUGAAGGAGGGUGGAGUCCAGCUGUUGCUCACCAUUGUGGACACACCAGGGUUCGGAGAUGCCGUAGACAACAGCAACUGCUGGCAGCCAGUGACUGACCACAUUGACAGUAAGUUUGAGGAUUAUCUCAACGCAGAGUCCCGCGUCAACCGACGGCAGAUGCCAGACAACAGAGUGCACUGCUGCCUGUACUUCAUCGCCCCCUCUGGCCAUGGGCUGAAGCCGUUGGACAUUGAGUUCAUGAAGCGCCUCCAUGAGAAAGUGAACAUCAUCCCCCUCAUCGCAAAAGCUGAUACACUUACUCCUGAGGAGUGCCAACACUUUAAAAAGCAGAUCAUGCGGGAAAUCCAGGAGCAUAAAAUUAAAAUCUACGAGUUUCCGGAUACAGACGAUGAGGAAGAGAAGAAGCUUGUGAAGAAGAUAAAGGAUCGCCUCCCACUGGCUGUUGUUGGCAGUAACACCAUCCUUGAGGUGAAUGGGAAACGUGUGCGUGGGAGGCAGUACCCAUGGGGCAUGGCCGAAGUUGAGAACAGUGAGCACUGUGACUUCACCAUGCUGGGGAACAUGCUCAUCAGAACCCACAUGCAGGACCUGAAGGAUGUGACCAAUAAUGUUCACUACGAGAAUUACCGCAGCAGGAAGCUUGCAGCAGUAACCUACAACGGUGCAGACAACAACAAAACUAAAGGACAGCUCACCAAAUUUGACACAGUUGAAGGCGUAAGUCCUUUGGCUCAGAUGGAAGAGGAGAGGAGGGAGCACGUGAUGAAGAUGAAGAAGAUGGAGAGUGAGAUGGAGCAGGUGUUUGAGAUGAAGGUCAAAGAGAAGCUACAGAAACUCAGAGACUCUGAGGCAGAGCUGCAGAGACGUCAUGAGCAGAUGAAGAAGAAUCUGGAGGCACAGCACAAGGAGCUGGAGGAGAAGAGGAGGCAAUUUGAGGAGGAGAAGAACAGCUGGGAGGCCCAGCAACGUCUGGCGGAGCAGCAGAAACUUGACACCUCCAGGACCUUGGAAAAAAACAAAAAGAAGAAGAUAUUUUAAAGCAUUUGGAGCACUGCAAUGCACUAGUUGCUAAUAAUGCCAGCCUGGACUGUCAGCUGACCAAAAGGAAAGGACUAUCACCCCUGUAUUUUCUCACCUGUUGUCUGUCUGUGCAGUGGGAGGGUGACUUUGGUGUUGAGACAGUGAGAGGGGGAUGGGUGUCCUCUUAUCAUAUACGUGGCACACAGGGCCUCAGCCAGACAUAGGUUACUGUCCGCCCACUUUUACCCGAUCGCCCUUCCCAGUUGGCCCUUCCUUUAUUCAGUCACCUGUCACAGUUUGCCAGUACUCCACAGUCAUGCAUAACCCGAGUUUGCUCAAUCUCAGUGUUUCUGCUCUUCAUUGGUUUACACAGUGCUCACAUUUCAGCUGCAGGUGAACACAGGAGAACAUUUGCUGUUAGAGAGACCUCUGUUUCCAGCUCCAUGGUCCCCUCGUUUCUGUUUAGUUAUGGACUGAUCUGAAAACCUUCUAGAGUGUUACAUAGUCCAGAAGCCCACCAACACACAAAUCUCCCCACCCCACACACACCCCUGACGUAUUGUUACAGAGGACUGCCCCUCCUCUCACCUCCCCUCCAACACACUGACAGACUCCAUCCAAAAAAUCUACAGGCUGAAGAACAUCUCAGGCGAUUCAUUUUUGUUUUGUUUUCAGAUUAUAAAAUGUGAUUUUUAAUUUCUUCUUGCUAAGAAAUGGUAUACUCUUCCAUUUUGUGUAAUUUAAAUGAUCUAUCCUUGGACAGUGGUGUUUUCAUGUUUCUGUAUCGUUCCUUUUCUUUUGUUUUCUGUUGGUGUUAUAUAUCAUCCCUGAUAAAUCUGUUUAUUUUUAAUAGACACUGUAAGUGGUACCAUAACCAUUUAUAAACAUUUGAAAGUGUCAUUAUUUGGCUUAGUGUCUUCUUCCUGAAAUAGAAAUAUCCCUUCUUGAUCAUAUGCACAUAAAAAGCCCUGUUCUCUAAUGUGCAAGUGUACUUUUAGACAAAUUCAAAAUUUUGUCUAUCCAAAAAAAUAAAAAAAAAAAGCAAAAAAAACUAUUCAUAUGGUUUGGUAGUUUUGUGGGUUCUCAUGCAUUUAUAAUUGUGCUGGGCCUGUUGUGAUUUACCACCUCCAGUGUUUCCUGUCCUUUUCAGUGGCUGGUGAGCUGCUUUUGUGAGCCUGUUACUUUACCCCCUCAAUCAGAUGUCCCGGCCCAGCUUCAGGUACUGUUAACUCCACAGGCUGUUGAUUUAACAACAACAAACCCACACACCUCCCACUGAAACUCUACCAUCUCACCAGUUCUUUACUGGUGGGCAAGACCAUUCCUGGGCGGUGGUGGUGCUUCUUUUGGCUGUUUUUGAUUGGCGGGUUUGGAGCAGUGGGUAGAAAGCACCCACAUGACUAGCUGUUCUCACACAAACACAUUUUUCAUUAUUUUAUGUACUGCAUCUUGUACAUUUUUAUUUUUUCUCUUAAUUUUAGUUGUAAAAAGUCACAUCAUAAAACUGAUUAUACCAUUUCAUGUGUACAUGGUUUUGUCCCUGUCAUAUGUAAGCAUGCUAUUUUUAUCUCUUUCCCCAGAAUUAAUUAAAACAUUUACAGCCUU